CCUUCAAGACUUGACAUUUCAUCAGGGAAAAUGAUGUACAAAAGUAACCCUGACAAAACUGAGGCUUCUUUCGUUGAGACGCAAAGUCAUGAUCUUUAUUCCCAAUUGAUCAAAGAACAAAGUUCAGAUUGUGCUCCACCUAUAAAGUCUCGCCAUGUCUCAGUGUUGGUUGAUCGUAUCAAUGAAACAACUUUCACGACAUUAAAAAAAAUUGAUGGAUUGAGGACACUUCUAUUCCUCCGUAAUUACGGUUCUUCACUCAAACAGAUACCAUCUGGAGUUUUUUUAGCUCUUAAAUCUUUGCAAGCAUUGGAUUUGAGUGGAAGUGAGAUAACUCAGCUGCCAAGCUCCAUACAGUAUUUGACACUGCUACGCUAUCUUGAUCUUUCAUACACACCAAUUGAAAGGUUACCGGAUUCUAUAGGUUGCCUUCACGAGCUACAAACCUUGAAACUUAAAGGAUGCAAACAUCUUUGUGAGCUUCCCAAAUGUAUGGGAAAAUUAACCAACCUUCGCCAUUUGUACUUUGAUGUUCUUGGCCAGUUGAGUUACAUGCCUAGAAGCUUAGGAGCCCUUACUGAGCUUCGCACCCUUUCGGCAUUUCUUGUGGACGAUAGAGAUGGUUGCAACAUUAACGAGUUGAAGGGUUUGAAUAACCUCAGUGGUUUCUUUUGCCUCUCCGGAUUGGAGAAUGUACCUUCAGACUCGGUUGAUGAUGGUCUUUUAAGGGAUAAAAAGGGCCUUACUCAGUUGCAUUUAAGAUGGGAUCGUCUUAGAGAUAAAAAUUAUGGUGAUCACACUCAAGUAAUUCAAAAGCUCCAGCCUCACUCAUGCUUACAGGAGUUGGAGAUGUAUUGUUACCCUGGCUCACAGCUCCCAAUUUGGAUGGGCAAGAAAUACGAGCUCGAGAAGCUUGUUCGUAUUGUCCUAUUUGAAUGUGAAAACAAUGAGCUCGACAUAUCUCUUGGAGCGCUACCGAAUCUCGAGUAUCUUGAAAUUGUUCAAAUGAAUAAUGUGUCGAAGAUCGAUAAUAAUGUUCUACGUGGAGAUGAUAAUGUUGCAUUUCCUAAGUUGGAGACGCUAAUUAUUGACGGUAUGUCUAGUUUGGAAGGAUGGGAACGAACAAAAAGUUGUGAUUUUCCAGCCCUUUCUACGCUCGUGAUCAAGCAAUGUCCAAAGUUGGCUACACUUCCAUUCCUCCCAUACCUGCAUUGCUUGAAACAUGCGGAGAUAAGCCGUUGCGAAAUUUUUGAAUCAGUACCCCAUACUACGAAAGAGACUCUGAUUAUCAAUCGUUGUUCGAUUUUAGAGAAGAGCUGCUCAAAGGGAAGUACAGAUUGGGAGAGUAUACGGAAAGUGCCCAAUAUCUGGAUUAAUCAUGAAGAUCCCCGCACAUUGAAUGAAGACGAUACACAGAAUGAUAGCGAGGGUACAGGCAGCAACUCCGACUAUUCUGAUGAUUCUGAUUAGGCGAAGACCAAGUUGAUCGAAAGGAUAACGGACAAACAUCAGAUGCUGAGUUGCAAAGGGAUACUAGUGUGGAAUAAUAUUAUAUCUCGAGCUAUGAGUUUACUUAUGUUUAUCUUGCUUUAUAUAGGAACUCUCUUGGUUUUACCUUACUCAUAAAGUAAGGGUUUUACAAGUGAGAUUUCUUAACAAUAAUGUUCAAACUUGCCUUUAGAUGUUUUGAACCUUUAAAUAGUAUCAAUUUGUAAGAGUUAUUAUUGGAUGAGUUUAGCUCUUUAUUUAAUUAUCUAAAUCAGUGUGUAACUGAAAUGAUA